AAGCCACGUCGGAUUCAACCGGAUUUAACAUGUCAAAAUUAUAUUUGCCUUCCCGAGAUAUUUAUUGACUAGAAAAGCGACCCGGAAGUAUAAAGAACAGUGCUGCUACAUUAAUCAAAGUAAAAGCGUUUGGUUGUUCUAACAGCAUGGUGCUUGACGAAAGAUAUUCCAACUUUAUUAUGGAUGACUUACUUCACGUGCACUUGGUCAACUGCGGAUUUAGCUAACGUGCCUAAACCCCCCUUCGUAUUCUGUGGUGAAACAUUAUUGUAUGACGGCGAUAGGCUAAAUUCCUAAGGACAGACCUUGGACCAACCCACUUUCUAACGUUACCACCACUGGUGUUUCGCGACCAAAACAUCCAUGUUCCACAGGUAAUGUUACCACUGCCAGGAAGACUCGUGUCUCCGUCUUCUUAAUCCGGACUGCUGUCAAGUUAUCCCAUGGACGCAAUUUAUGGUCGUGUCGAUGGUAAAGAGGAAGGACCAGGCGCAGCGAUGGCAAGCGGGUACUUUCCUUCCCCAGGACAGAUGGGACGUGACCCGACUCCGACACUCGAGGUUUCUCGGAGAGCUCCAGGCUUCCAGGCGAGGAUGAGGGUUCAAUGUGCGGUCGGUGUUGGGCCAAAACGUGGACCUCACGAACCAGUGCAACCAAGUCACCAAACAACUCACGUCGUGCGUGAUAUUUCUGAGAUCCUGCAGGAGCGUGAGAGACUGCGGAAGGCCCGCGGAGUGUACCUGCAGAGGAUGCAGUACCUGGCCAAGGAGCAGGAGUACUUCCAGAGAGAGCUCAGCGACCAUCAUCUCGGCGGCACGUUGGACUCUGACGAGCCCCAGAGGCAGGCGAUGACUCUGUUUCUGCAGCACAUCAAGACCCACCUCUUGUCCUCACGGAAGGAUGACGAGUCCGCCAAGUACCAGCUCCUCCGGCUGCAGCAGCAGGCCCUGCUCCUGGGCCACCCCCCUCCUGAGCACCCCUGGUCCUCAGACACAGACAUUCUGUUGCCCGACGGGGCGGCUCAGAGCCAACAGCAGGAGAAAGUCCCUCCCAGCUGUGACCCCCUCCCACAGCCAAGCCCACCAGAGCCCCCCCUCCAAGAUAGCCCCCUCCCACAACCAAGCCCACCAGAGCCCCCCCUCCAAGAGCCCCCCCUCCCACAACCAAGCCCACCAGAGCCCCCCCACCAAGACACCAAGAGAACCCAACCAAACCAACCGGACCCCCCCCACCAAGACCCCCCCAGAGCACAGCCCCCCCUGACAGCCACAGUACGGCCGUUACCAUGGAACCACAUAGGAAUCGUCAAAACUGCAAAGAAGUUGACUGAGCAGACCAAAGAGCCACUGAGCUCCCAGCCAGCUGAAGAAGCCUCGAGCACUCCCAGCCCUGUGGCCCACACACACACCACCUCUAGCACUCCCAGCACUGUGGCCCACACACACACCACCUCUAGCACUCCCGGCCCUGUGGCCCACACACACACCACUAGCGCGGGGGACAAGUGUGUGGCAGCAUGGAGCCAGGAUGGACGAAGGGAGAUCAUUGAGGAGCAGAAAGAGUGUAAGACACAGCAGGCCCCGGAGGAGCAAGAACAGCAGCACCUCAGCAGCAAAGCCAACUGCACCAGCCUGACCAUCCAGGUUGAUGGGGAAAAGAGGACCAUCCUCUUGCCGCAGUUUCUACACCGCACCUCCACCCUCGGAUUAAGCAACAACGAAAAUAAAGAGGAGGGGACUGAAAUUAGGAAGGUCUUCAUCAGGAGUAAGUGGGGGCCGAUAGGCGGGGCGGAGCCAUCUCAAGCAGCUACCGUCUCUGAGGUGGUAAGCUCUACACAAGCAGCUACCGUCUCUGAGAUCGUAAGCGCUAAACACAGUGAGGGAACCGUGUUGAGAGUCCCUCCAAAGGAGAACGCACCGGCCAGUAACAUGGCAGUUAAGGACAACAAGGACCUUUCUCUUGGCAGUUUGAAGACUUUUCUAAAGGGAGUGGAGAGGAAGCUGAGCUUCAGUGCAGACGAUGUGCUAACGAAGGCCACCAUGCUGGUUGGGGAUAAAGUUCAGUUUAAAAUAUCCACCAACCCAACGACCAAGGCAGAGAGGGCCGUCGCCGUGGAGAUCCUGGCCGACACCUUCCAAUGCACAGACACAGAGGAGCUGCGAAGAACAGGUGUGGUUUUUGGCUUGGCCCACUCGUUUGGGUUCAUCAAGUGCUCUAAGGGCCCUCAGCUGGCUUUUGACCUCUGUGAGGUCAUGGAGGACGAUAUGCUGUCCGUCUCAGAGAAAGUGGAGUUCACCAUAGUGACGAACAUGGUGACUGGAGCGGGCUACCAAGCCAUCAGGGUCCGGAGGUCCAGAGUGCUCCCGUCUGUGCCAACAUCAGAGGGCACCACUGGCACACAAAUACAGACAGUGUUCACGUCUGCGCCAACAUCACAGGGGCCCACCACAACACAGACACAGAGAGUGUUCACGUCUGUGCCAACAUUUGUGGGUCCCUGGACAACACCAACACAGAGAGUGCUUACCUCGGUGCCAACAUUCAGGGGCCCCUGGACAACACAGCCAGAGAAGAAGAUGACCGUCAACCCACUGAACCGCAAAGCAAUGAUGCAAAAAUUCGCAAGAACUGAUUCCAAUUCCCCUAUUAUAGUAAAGCCUCAUGCGUCUCUGGCUCCGCAACAUCUGCCUCCACCGUCUCUGGCUCUGCAACAUCUGCCUCCAUCGUCUCUGGCUCUGCAACAUCUGCAUCAGACAUCUCUGGCUCUACAACAUCUGCAUCAGACAUCUCUGGCUCUACAACAUCUGCCUCAUGCAUCUCUGGCUCUACAACAUCUGCCUCAGACAUCUUUGGCUCUGCAACAUCUGCCUCCAGCAUCCUUGGCUCUGCAACAUCUGCCUGGCUCUGUCCAUUGCAUCAGGAGCCGAAGCCACAGCAGGAGCAGUAGAGGUGAUCGAUACUGGAGUCACAGUCGAAGUAGCAGUUGGAGUAGCAGCUGGAGCCGCAGCAGAAGCAGAAGCAGAAGCAGAAGUAGAAGUAGAAGCAGAAGCAGGGAGAAAGGUGGCAGGACUGGUCGACGUCAGAGUCGCCGUAGCUCAAGUAGAGAAUGGAAACGAGGAGAGAGGAGCAGUCGAGAUAGAAGGAGUCGCAGCAGGAGCAGAGAACAUUCCCCUAGAAAGAGACGAGGAGAAAGGAGCAGGGAUAGGAGCAGUAGAGAUAGAAGGAGUCGCAGCAGGAGCAGAGACCAUUCCCCUAGAAAGAGACGAGGAGAAAGGAGCAGGGAUAGGAGCAAUAGAGAUAGAAGGAGUCGCAGCAGGAGCAGGAAGAGGAGCAGGAACAGGAGCAGGAAGAGGAGCAGGAGCAGAGACCAGGAUAUGAAGAGCAACCAGAGGAGGAACCAAAGCCCAGAGCGUGGAGAUGAGAAGAGGAACCAGAGGAGGAACCAAAGCCCAGAGCAGGAUAUGAAGAGGAACCAGAGGAGGAAUCAAAGCCCAGAGCGUGGAGAUGAGAAGAGCAACCAGAGGAGGAACCAAAGCCCAGACCAGGAUAUGAAGAGGAACCAGAGGAGGAACUGUAGUUCAGAGCGUGGAGAUGAGAAGAGCAAGAGACAAAGCAGCAGCAGUGCUGAGGGUUCCUCCAGGAAGCGCAAGCGGAGCAGGAGUCCGCAGACAGAGGCUGUGAAGGUGUGUAAGGACCUGUCUGUUUCCAAGGCCUCUGGCACUACCGCCUGCAGAUCACCCAAAUCUGAUGCAGCUGAGGAUGAGGAGGAUGAGGAGGAUGGACAUUUGGCCAGGAAGGAGAUGGAGCUGGAGGAGCUGGAAGCUUUGAUUGCUGAAAAGUUGGCUGAAAAUGCUGCCUUGGAGCAACAGAUGACAUCCACUCUCUUCGAUCCUAUAAAUGAAACUGACUUGAGCCCUGAGCCAUCACUUGCAGAUAGGGAGAACGCAGCACUACUUGAGCCCUCACUUACAGAUCAGGAGGUCACUGUAGUACCUGAGAAUUCACUUACAGAUCAGGAAGUCACUAUACUACCUGAGAAUUCACUUACCGAUCAUGAGGUCACUGUGGCCAGUACUACACCCCCGCGCAGAGAAGCACACAAAGAUGAGCUGUAUGACCCCUUUCAGUCCUGUACUCGUGGAGACGAGGAGGAGUCCUGUGGUCAUGGAGAUGAGUCCUGUCGUCAUGGAGACCAGGCUGAUAACCAUUGUGGGCCCCACAAGAAACAGGACAAGAGCCUGGUGCCACAUGACCUGAAGAGAAAAGACCAAACACCAAGCUUGAGUCAACAUGAGCAGGAGAAAGCUGAUGCCCAUACACCGGCUAGCUCUUUCACUAACAUUAAAACCCAUCCCAAGUCCACUGGCAGAACCCUAAACACAUGCAAUGCAAACCAGCUGUCCGUCACAAAUCCACCUGCAGCGCAGCCAACGCCCUCAAAGCCCGAGCAUUCACCAGGCCAACAGCACAGUCAGCCCAAGCAUUCACCAGGCCAACAGCACAGUCAGCCCGAGCAUUCACCAGGCCAACAGCACAGUCAGCCCGAGCAUUCACCAGGCCAACAGCACAGUCCGGCCUCUUCCUCAGACACAGUCACAGAUGUGGUCCACCGUCCAGAGCCUCCAGGCCAGGUUGCUCGUGAAAGUGUGAAAACGGUGUGGAUUUGUGGCGAUGGCCUUGUAGCCGUGGCUUCACGCUUGGCCCAAUCACCCGUGCAUGGCGUCAGGCUGGGGCAGCCUGGCACUGGCGUACGCGUCUACUGGAAGGGGUUGCAGGGCAUGUUGUGGCACCAGCUUGUGCCCCUGCUGCGCUACCUGAAGACGGAGUGGCCCAAUCCAGACAUGCUCGUCAUCCACCUGGGAGACGCCGAUCUCCAUAGAAACACGGAAGAGCUGCUGAGCGCCAUCAGGAAGGACCUGGCCUCCAUACUCAACCUCUUCCGCCAGUGCCUGAUCGUGUGGUCGGACAUGCUGCCGAGAUACGGUGUGCACGGCAACAAAGGCGUCGUUGACCUGAUCAAUGUCAGAGUUCACGCCUUUGUUGCGGAGUUGGGCGGCACAGCCAUCACCCAUCAGAUCGGCCCGCGUUUGUACGGCCCUGAUGGAAUGUUCCUCUCGGAGGUCGGCGUCUACAAGUUCAACCUGGACAUCAAAGUCUCUGUGGAUCAGUGGGAGCAGGAGGUCAACCACACCUCAGGUAAUGUUACCAUGCCAACCAAAAAAGUGAGAACGGAGAAGCCAGUGAAGACGGUGUGGAUUUGCGGGGACAGUGUCGUGGCUCUGGGCGAGAGGCAGCUGAAGUCGCCGCAGUGGGGCAUGGACAUGGGCAGUGCAGGGAUGAAGGUGCACUGGGGCGGCAAGGACGGCAUGAAGUGGAAGCAGCUCGUACCCCAUCUGGUGACUCUGGAGAAGAAGUGGCCGCUCCCGGACCUCAUCGUCCUUCACCUCGGGGGCGACUGCAUCCGCAUCCCCAUCGUUCCCCAGGAUCAGCUGAUGGUCAUCAGGAACAACCUGACCUCCGUGCGCGAGAUGUUCCCCCAGUGCCUGCUCGUGUGGUCCGACAUCCUCAGAAAGGUCCCCAGGAAGCAGCAGGAGGAGGACCGACCUCACGAGGUCAUCAAUCGCCUGGCGCACGCCGUGGUGACGGAGCUCGGAGGGCAGGUGCUCACCCACGACGACAUGGAGCCCAGCUUCUUCCGCCACAAGGGGGCGCAGCUCUCGGAGCGAGGCGUUCAGAAGUUCAACCUGAACAUCAGGAGGUUUCUGGACCAAUGGGAGAGAGAGGUCAGCGCGGCGUCAGUAACCGCGGCGUCCACCCCAACACCAACAUUCCAGAGCCCCGCAGACAUUCCUGCAGAUGAUGUCAUCGACUUGACUCUAGAAGACCCUGAAAACUCUGUCCCCUCCCCCCAACAGUCCCAGAAGCAGCAGGUCAGAAAGAGCAGUAAGAGACCUGUGGAGGAGAACCAGACACAUGGGAGCAGUGCACCCAUCACAGGCCAGGGGACGGGCGAGAGCAUGAAGAAGGUGUGGGUGUGUGGCGAUGGGCUGGUGGGGUUGGCCUCUCGUGCAUCGGACCCCAAGAUGCCGCCGCAGAGCGAGAACGGCACGAGAGUCCGCACCUACUGGAACGGGUACAUACCGAGCUGGUACAAGCUCGUGCCCAAGCUGAGACAGUUCCAACUGCUGCUGCCCGCUCCAGACCUGCUCGUUAUCCACCUGCAGAUCAGGGAAAUGAACCCCAAGAGCACAGAGGAGCUGCUGGUCACCAUCCAGAGGAGUCUGGCGGCCAUACGCGACCUCUUCCCCCAGUGCCUGAUCGUGUGGUCGGACUUCCUGCACGAGCCCCGCACUUCCUGCCCCGAGGCAAAUGUUGACCAGGCAGUGGACGGGUUUUACGACGUGGUUAACGGCAGAGUGCACGCCAUGAUUGCUGACCUCGGGGGAGCAACUAUUGGCCACGGAAACAUUAGGCCUGAACACUAUAAUCUUAAACUCAAUCAUCGUAAUGGUAAACGUCUCGAAAGCAGUGGUGUGAAAAUAUUCAAAACCAACAUCAGAAAUUUCGUCUUUAAGUGGGAGUGGAAGGUUAGCCCCACAUCAGAAGGCGUCUCAUGUCCCACGACUAAGCAGCAGGUCAGAAAGAGCAAUGAGAGUCCUGUGAAGGAGAACCAGACACAUGGGAGCAGUGCACCCAUCACAGGCUUUGCUCCCUGUAAAUUUAAAACUGUCUGGAUUUGUGGUGGCUGUCUGGUAGCUGCAGUCUCUAAGAAGAUGCAGUUGCCUACGUAUGGCAGUGCACUGGGUCCGGAUAGGACCAGGGUGCGGAUGUAUUGGAGUCGAGAGCCGAUCCAGCUAUGGAAGAGAUUGGUCCACCAGCUUAGCGUCCACCUAGAGACCUGGCCCUCUCCAGACAUGCUCAUCAUCCACAUGAGAGACGACAUCAUCCCCGUAAAAGAGGACUUAGUGAAUGCGUUGAGCGUCAUCAAGAAGGACCUGACCUCCGUACACAACACCUUCCCCCAGUGCCGGAUCGUGUGGUCCGACAUCCUGCCGAAAUACUCCAAGAAGCAAGGCACCAAGCCCAUGGAGAUCCUGAGCACACGUCACGAUGCGAUCAAUGACGGAGCUCAUGCUAUUGUUGCUGAACUGGGGGGGAGGUUUGUCUCGCAUAAGAACAUUCGGAUCGAUCACUAUCGCCAUAAGGGUAACAGCCUCACCUGCGCUGGAGCGAACCUGUUCAAAACCAACAUCGAAGCUUUCCUGAAUGAGUGGGCGAUGGGAGUCACACCUGCACCAAACAAAAUACAAUUCUCCUUUAAGCAGCAGGUCAAAGAGAGCAAUGAGAGUCCUGUGAAGGAGAACCAGACACAUGGGAGCAGUGCACCCAUCACCGCACCUGCUACCAUCAUCCGUCCCCCCAAGACGGUGUGGAUGUGUGGGGACGCUCUGACCGAUCUGGCCCAAUGGCUGACAAGCGAGCCGCCACGCGGCGUGAAGACGAGUUCCAACAGCAUGAAGGUGUUCCAGGUGACCACCUGGAGUGCGCUGGUGGUCGAGAUGACCAGCGUAAAGCGCAAACACAAGUGGCGCUGCCCCGACCUCCUGCUGGUGCACCUGGGAGUGAACAACAACGUGACGAACCCGACGCACCUGCUCAACACCAUCAGGAAGGACCUGACGCGCCUGCACGGCGACUACCCCCGCUGCCUGAUCGCCUGGUCCGACAUGCUGCCAGCCUGCGCGCCCAAAGCUUUGGGCGCGAGGCCCUCGCCAGCGGGCAGAAUCAACGACGCCAUCAAUCGUGGGGCGCAUGCGAUAGUAGCGGAGCUGGGGGGCAGGGUCCUCUCCCAUGAGAACAUCGGGCAGGAACUCUCCUGCCCGGACGGCAGCGCCCUGUCGGCUCAAGGCAUCGAGCGCCUGAAGCUGAACCUCCGGCAGUUUCUGCAGGAGUGGGAGAGGGAGGGUGAAGAACAGAAACCUGCUAAUUAAUUCCACAACUGACCACCCCUCAAAACACACACACACACACACACACACACACACACACACACACACACACACACACACACACACACACACACACACACACACACACACACACACACACACACACACACACACACACACACACUACUCUACACUAGUCCACCUGGUGUACUUCAAGGACGGACACACCCACACCCACACCCACACACACACUGAGCUGAUUUCCCCACCUGUGGUGUCUAUGUAAUGACACAUCAAGUUGAUGUUGAUGAUACAGUAAUGCCUGUUCAAAGGUGUACACACACACAAUACAGUAUUGCCUGUUUAAAGGUGUACACACACACACACACACACACACAAUACAGUAUUGCCUGUUCAAAGGUGCCUAAGGCUGCAGCACUGGUAACCGUGUGGAGACUUCAGUGUAUGUUCAGACCUCAGCACCAGCUAUUCAAGCUUUCUGAUUUAUUUUUCUUUUGUAUAUAUAAAAUUAUAUAAAGGUUCUGUGUUUACGUUUUUCCUUUGUAUAUAUAAAAUUAUAAAGGUUCUGUGUUUACGUUUUUCCUCUUACCUUGAGUUGAUUGUCUUAUUUUUGUAGUCGUCAACAAAUUGUGUUGUGUACAUAAUGCCUUCAAU